CUCGAGGGACCUGAUGCCAGAGGACACUUCACACAGUGCCUACGGCACCGUGGCGGAUUUUGUAGUCUCCGAAGGUGAGUGUUGCCGCUCUGAGGACAAAACUGUGUCGGGCCUGUCUCUAUUGUCAAACUGGGCGGCGUAGGAAAAGGGGGCCGGCUGCGCGGACACUGGCGCUGCGCACGCUGCCCUUGUAAGGUCGCGAAUCUGCGUCCCCCUUUCCAUGCGGGGUGCGGCCUGCGAACGCCACCGCUCAAGGUCACCGUGCCCUCAUGUGUGAGGCGUUGUCUUUCGUCGCUCAUGUGGCCCUGUCUUGUCCUGCGAUUUUUCGCCCCAUGUGGACGGCUGCGGGGAUGACAACCCUGCAGGACAGCUGCUGGCCUCACUCGGUGGCCGCCGCAGAGCUCCGCUCCCCUGCCGUCGGAUGGAAAAGCACGCCGUCCUCGGUAUGCUCCUGGCCUGGAUGCCUCCUGCUGCUCCUGCUGCUCCUUCGCCUGUCGUCCUCGUGCCGCUCCCCGUCCUCCGCCGCGUGCCUCACUUCAGUGCCCGAGGCGCACCGCCGGUCGUCCGGCAGGCGCGGAGCGAGCUGC